UUCCAUCGACAGAGUUAUUGAGCCAUGAAGCACGACCCUUCCGCGGAAGUACCGCCAUCAGAUGAGGCCUUGUGUUCGUACAAAUCGAGGAAAUGCCCGAACCCACGCGCUGUGAAACGCAAUGGGUGCAUGCAUACCUUGUGCGAGUAUCACCGCGCGCGUCAAAACGAGCAUCAGCGCAAAAGCGAUCGAAAGCAUAAAGGUUCCAAGCACGCGAGACAGUUGAUGAAACAAUGCGGCACGGUCCAGUCAAUCAACACCUCCGUUCACUUCCACGGCGCAUCUUCACACGACAGGGCGUUUUCAACCCUGUCGAUGCACGUCUCCCCCGCUCCAUCGACAACACCAGACGGUCUUCUGUAUGGAAACCUUUUCAAAGAGAUGUCGUUCGUCGAAGCAUUCGAGUUACAUGAAGCCCUUCGCGCUGUCACAGCAUCCCCUGGACUCAUGUGAGGUGACUCGUCACAAUGUAAAAUAUAAACACUUCUCCAUUUCGACCGUUC